ACGUUAUUUUUUCUCAUUCUCUUAAUUCGGGGGGCUUCACUUCCGUUUCCUCUUCGUCACGGCCACAUAAAUCUGACUAGCUUCACUGUAGGAGAGGAAAAAAAUGAACACAUCGGUAUCUGACGGCUCAACUCACUCAGCAGCACACGAUAAAACCUGCUUAUUGUGACCUGAAUAACCAACGCCGCUAAACGGAGUGGUUUCCCUUCCCUAUUUAGACCAAUAUGAGUAGCGUGUGUGUGUUAACUUUGAGUGCAGCGAGCUUACAAAGUGCGCAGAGGGUCUUAUCUCGGUAGCUAACGUGAACGCUAGCUCUGCAAAAUUGCUGUCUCUGGAUCGCUCUGCCUCGUUCAUUCACGGAACAGACACGUUUCUGUCAGCUAAGGCUCAGCACCAUGAAUUUGUUACGUCUAGUGUGCCGCCAUAAGACAGCCCUGGUCAUUGGCACUGUGUGCAGCUUUGCUGUAGUUCUUGUCUUCUUGGCCAAAUGUACCUCAGAAACCCUGAAACAGGGCCAUGCAGAUCCCCCAGGCUUAGCCCCCCAUGCCAUGGUAUUGCAACCCCGUCCAGAGCAGAAUAACCCCUCCUCCACAUCCAAAGACUUGUCAGCAUUCCUCGUGGUCCUCAUCACGACCGGACCUAAGUACACUGAGCGCAGGAGCAUCAUCCGCAGCACCUGGCUGGCCAAGCGGGACUCGGAUGUUCUGGCCAUGUUUGUGGUCGGAACUCAAGGGCUUUCCAGCGAGGACCUCCAGAACCUUAACACAGAGCAAGGGCGGCACAAGGACCUGCUCUUAAUGCCUGACUUGCGAGAUUCCUAUGAGAACUUAACACUCAAGCUGCUUCACAUGUACUCCUGGCUGGACCAGAAUGUGGAGUUCAAAUUUGUCCUCAAAGCAGAUGAUGACACAUUUGCUCGCUUGGACCUCCUGAAAGAGGAGCUGAAGGGGAAAGAACCCAAUCGGUUGUACUGGGGCUUCUUCUCAGGGAGAGGGCGAGUGAAAACAGCUGGAAAGUGGCGGGAGAGCUCUUGGGAGCUCUGUGACUACUACCUGCCCUACGCGCUGGGUGGUGGCUACAUCCUCUCGGCUGACCUGGUACGUUAUGUUCAUCUUAACGCGGGCUACUUCAAGACCUGGCAGAGUGAGGAUGUGUCGUUGGGCGCCUGGCUGGCACCAGUGGAUGUUCGACGGACGCAUGACCCACGCUUUGACACAGAGUAUAAAUCACGUGGUUGCAACAACAAGUACCUGGUGACACACAAGCAGAGCUUGGAGGACAUGUUGGAAAAGCACCAGACUCUGCAGCGUGAUGGCCGGCUCUGCAAGGAGGAAGUCAAGCUGCGAUUGUCUUAUGUGUAUGACUGGAGUGUGCCACCCUCACAGUGCUGCCAAAGGAAGGACGGCAUUCCUUAAUGUUUCUCCUUUUCACAAAGAUGAAGUUGGCUUCAGGAAAGUUAAAGUUUGCAUUCGGGAAAGUUAACUGACAAUGUUCCUCAGCCAGUUCUGUUGUUACACCAUUUAAAGUUGCGAAACAGUUACUUGUCAUGAAUCCUGUUUCAGAUUUGUAAAAACCUGAAAAAAAGGGUAAUUUCACUGGUUUCUCCAUCCAAACCAUGUAAGAGCAGGUCUAACUGAAAAACCACUAGACACAAUAGUUUCUGUGUUUUUACAAAUCUAAAACUGGGUUUAAACAAUCUUCAGAGUCUCCAUGUCAAUUUAGUCAGGGUUCGACAAGUCGAAUGGUUUUUCAGCCACAUCUGGUCUAAUGUGGUUCGAAUGGAGAAAAACAAAAUAAAAGAAAAAGUUAUGUGGAGUUUUAAACAUUACUAGAGCUUUUAAUGCUGUGUUUCACAACUUUUAAGCGAAGUUACAACAUAGACUUGGCUGAGAAAUAUUAUCCCUUAACUCCCAAAUCACAAGAUACGAGUCAGAAGCCAACUCCUUGUCCUUGUGAGCUCCUUUGGCCUUGUUAUUUGGACCCACAAUCAUGUCAGUGCUCUCCUUCCUGCCAACCUUCCACAUCGGUGGCUUACUUCUCUCCUCUGUCUGUGCUUCAUCUGCUGUACCUCUUGCUUUAUAUGUUCAAACACUAUGAGAUAUGUUUUAAGGUUGUUUCAGUGUAAUAGAUAGUACAGGCGAACACAGACUGGAGAUUCUUACCCUGCCAUGAUGUCUACUUUUGUUUGUGAAAGCUUUUUUUUUUGUAUUUUAUUUAUUGUUAAUUUAUUAUGCAGCAAACCCAACACACUGGUAUUCGGUUGGGAUAGAGCUACAGUGGAUGUGGUUGCUGCUUGUGAGUAGAAUUUGUAUUUAUAAAACAUGUCGGGACAUAUAAUUCACAGGAUUAAUGGACAAGAAAUGUUCACUUUUUAAAUGUAAAGCUUUUGUUUACGGUCAACGGUACACACGGUGUUUCAUGUGUUGCACAGAAUGUGUAAGAGAAAAUGGUUGAAUGUGUUUUAUUCAGCAGCAGGCCUUCUUGUUCCUUGUUUGUGGGGAGUUUGUGAUGAUAUUUACUUUUCCAAGGCAACAGCCACACUUGAAAGCAGAGGUCAGUACAUUUACUGUGCAGAGAUUUCAAGUUAUUUGUGAGUGUCUGUUUGCAGCAAACCACAGAUUCAGACUGAGAAACUUGAUACAGACUACCAGCUGGCACUUGGUCACUUUUUUUAAACGAGACACAUGAUUUUGAAGUUAAUAAAUCAUCAGUGAUUGUUUUUUUUCUGAUGUUGGACUCUCUGACUCAAACUCACCCUGUGAUGACAGUAGCUGUGUCCCAAAGUUUUGACAUAUGUGCAGCAGCUUUGAUUAUCGGGUACAUGAUGUUGGAGUACUGAUUAAAUAAUUAAGGAAUGCUGCAAAAAAGUAAUUUUUAUGACUGCUGUUAAGUUUUUGUGAAUGAUGACAUGACUAUUUUCUCACUGUUGUCACUAGCAGAUUCUGAUUUGUCUUACGUUUCAGUGUUUGUUUUAACGUACAGCCUCCCUGGAUGUUUUAUUAAAAAUUUUAAAUGUA